AUGGUUGCCGCUGCUCCUGCAGCUGCCGCGGCUAUGAGGAAGAGCUUCCUGGUGCCCGAGAUCAAGCCUUUGGAUCAGUAUGAUUUCCCUCGGGCGCGGAGCGCUGCCAGCUUGGCCUGGGCGCUCGCCAAAGCCUACGGCGGUGCAGAACACAUCCCCGCUGAACUGCGCGAGCCCUUUUAUACAGACCAAUAUGAGCAGGAGCAUAUGAAGCCUCCUCUCAUCCGCCUGCUGCUGUCCUCCGAUGUCUACUGCCGUGCCUGGUGCCAUGUCAUGCCUUCAGGCCCGGAUGGUGCCCUUCCCCCAAAGGAUAAUGCUGCCUUGCUGCAACUUUUGGGCCACCGGGGCUUGGUCCCCACCUUUCAGGACAAGCCUGUUAAGGAAGCUGAUCUGCAUCACAAACCAAUCAAGCUGGGGGCACACCUGGCAUUAAUUGACUCUCUGAUGUCAGCAUUUGCAUUGGAAGCCACCAGUUCAUUAAAUGUUGCAUUGGGCAUUGAGCCAGCAGCCAUCUCUUGGGACCAGAAACUCCUACGCUGGAUAGAUAUGAUAAUUCACAAGAUACAACAGACUGCGGAUCAGGAGUCCUCUCAGCGUUCAGCUCCUGGAACUGAUGGCCAGACCCCAGCUUCCUGCAGUGGCCCUAAGAUCCGCUAUCGCAAGGAUAAAGCACUGCCCAAACAGACGCCAUGUUUCCCUGCCAUCACGGGAAUAAAGGACCUGGCCAGUGGAGGGGCCAUUGCUGCCACAAUCCACUACUACUGCCCGCAGCUCAUACGCCUUGAGGAUGUGUGCCUGAAGGAGACAAUGUCGGUGGCAGACAGCUUGUAUAACCUGCAGCUUAUCCAGGGCUUUUCUUCAGAUUAUUUGGGUGGUUCCUGUUUCCUGUCAUUGGAGGACCUGCUCUACAUGCCCCCACUGCUAAGGGUCAACGUCGGAGUAUUCCUGGCUGAAUUGUUUCUGUGCUUUGAGGUAGUAAAGCCAGAUUUUGUGUGUCCAAAGGAACUGCCAAGAGUUCAAGAUUCCCCUGGCCUGAAUGAUGCUUCAGCACCAAAUAGUGGGAAGACAAGUAGCUCCCCUGUGUUCAGCUUGCGCCACCCGCUGCUGCCUGGAGGACAGUCACAGUCACCGCUCUGUGGCUCCUUAGGUUCCCUGCAUCAUUCCACAUCCAUGUCCCAAGUAGAAGGCUUUGGCAAAUCAUGGAGCAAGAAGCAGCUCAGCCACCCCUUGUCACAGGCAGUCUCAUUCAGCAUCCCUUUUGGCCUGGACAGUGAUGUGGAUAUUGUGAUGGGGAACCCCGUGGGCAUCCUUCGUUCUGUCAGUUCUGACAGCCUGGCACCGACCCUCUAUUCCUCCUUGCCUCGCUCCCCCCAUCCAUGGCCUGCUGAGGCUGCUGAGGCCCCCAAUGGAUUAGUAAUGCCAUCACUCCAUGGGGCUGGACACAAAAAUCAAGAGGGACCGACUCUAGAGAAUGGCCUAAAUGAUGGCUACACUGACUUGCCCACCAUUGAGGAAGCACUGCAGAUCAUCCACAGCAGUGAACGCCUGGUCCCCGAGGGAGCCCCUGAUGGCUUUUAUUUGCACUCACCAGAGCCUCCUAAAACUUCUAUGCUGGAAAAGACUCCCCUGCCCACAGUUUACCGCUGCCAUAACGGGCCCCCCAAUGGUGCUGAACCUGCGCAAGAAGGUAGUCUGGACUCUGAUGCUGAGGAGCCCCUGCGGCUUGCAGGAGGCCCAGACGAUUCCACCUCGGGUGUGAGUUCCCUGAGUUCACAGCCAGAGAGCACUGCCUCCUCCGCCUCUGGUGUGCGCAUGACCAGCUUUGCAGAACGCAAGAAGAAACUGGCAGCUACCGAUAGCAAGUCCAGCGGGAUCAGCUCUGAAGGCUCAGAGGCUGGUCAGGUGCCAUCAGAAGAAAGCCCUGCCCAAAGCCCUGCCCUUAGCUCAGAAAUGAGCCAGUUGAGUGCCCGGUUGGAGGAGAAGCGCCGAGCCAUUGAGGCUCAGAAGAAACGCAUAGAGGCUAUAUUUACCCGGCACCGUCAGCGCUUGGGCAAGAGUGCCUUCCUACAACUACAGAAGGCUCCUGAUUCUCAGUCUGAGGACAGCCGACUUGCCCUGGAGGAGCGGCUUGCUCAGCUAGAGGCCGAGGAAGAAGCUGGAAGCCCACGUACCCGUCUGGAUAGUAAACAGGUUACUUUCUCUCCUGAUAUCACCAAAGGCGAUGAGAACCUGGGUGAUUACAACCGGGCAGUGGCCAAACUGAACACGGCUUUGAGCUCACUGCAGUUGGACAUGCAGCGCCUGAGUGAGCAACAGCAACGCCUCAUGCAGGAUAAGAAGCCUAGCGCACAGGCCUGGAUGAUCCCAGCCCCGAGGACUGGCCGUGAGGGAGCUCCUCCCCGCUCUUCACUGGAACUGUCCUCCCCUUCUCCUUCCCCUUCCCGCAAAUCUCGCUCACCCCAGCCCACACCCAAGAAGUCCCCAGCCCCCGUGCCUCCCAAGAGUCCCAAGCACACCCGGCCAGUUGAGCUAAAGCUGCCGCCCCUCACACGAGUCCUGACACCGCCUCACAACGUGGACACCCUUCCACACCUCCGCAAAUUCUCCCCGAGCCAGGUUUCUGUGCAGACCCGUUCCUCCAUCCAUUUUGCUCAGGAGGAGGAGAAGCUGCCUGUGCCAGAGUUGGAAGCCCAGAAUAAUUUGCGGCCGGUGGCCUCUGUUCCUCCACAAGGAGGCAAUGCUCGUGUUUCAGGUGAUGGCACCAGUGAUGUCUCCUCACCCAGUGAUCGACAUAGUAGCCUGAUUGAAAUCCCUCUGUCAAGCUUAAAAGGAGAGGAUGAUGAAGACAUGGAUGGGGAUGACUCCCUGGAGGAAUCAAUUGCUGAGACUUUGGAUUCUGAGCCCCGUACAGGUCUGGGCUUCUUUUUUAAGGAUGAGGAUAAGGCCGAAGAGGAAAUGGCACAGAAGCGUGCCAGUCUUUUAGAGAGACAGCAGCGGCGCAGUGAGGAGGCACGGCGCAGAAAACAGUGGCAGGAGACAGAGAAGGAACAGAAGAAAGAAGAAACCAAACUUCAAACCGAUGAGCAGGCCCGAGUAGAGGGAGAAGUUGGGCCAAGGCGUGGCGACUUCACGCGUCAAGAGUACCUGAGGCGUCAUCAACUCAAAUUGAUGGAAGAUUUAGAUAAAGUGCUGCGUCAGAAGCCCACAACCGUUCGUGCCCUGAAGAAGGGACGGCCUAAAACAGUCUUCUGCGAUGAUUCUGCCCUUGCCCGCAGCCCUGUCAAAGGACUCCUGGGCUCCAAACUCAGCAAAGUAUACUCUCAGUCAACUCUGUCUCUUUCGACGGUGGCCAAUGAUCCUGGCAACUCCCUCUUCAUCAAGAGAGCUUCGCGAGCUGCAUCACCUUCUGGGCCAAUGUCUCCCAGUCGGUUGCUGCCCAAUCAGAACCGGGAACGUGACUGGGAAAAUGCAUCGACUGCCUCCUCACCAGCUUCCAUUCCAGAAUAUACUGGCCCCAAGCUGUACAAAGAGCCCAGUGCCAAGUCCAAUAAAUACAUCAUCCACAAUGCAUUGUCUCACUGCUGCCUCGCUGGCAAAGUCAAUGAACCCCAGAAAAUCCGUAUCUUGGAAGAAAUUGAAAAGAGCAAAGCAAAUCACUUCCUCAUUCUCUUCCGUGAUUCAAGUUGCCAGUUCCGGGCGCUCUACACCCUGUCUGGGGAAACAGAUGAAUUGACACGUUUAGCAGGCUAUGGGCCCCGCACCAUUACCUUGUCCAUGAUUGAAGGCAUCUACAAGUAUAGCUCUGAUCGCAAGCGUUUCACUCAGAUUCCCAGUAAGACCAUGUCCAUGAGCGUGGACGCCUUCACUAUCCAGGGCCAUCUCUGGCAGACCAAGAAGCCAGGCACCCCCAAGAAGCCAAGCACACCAAAAGAGCUGUGACCUGAAGAAUGUGGUGUUAGUCCUACUCUCUGCCUAAACUUAGACCCACGACAUCUAACAGCUGGCCUUCUGCAUUGGAUGGCUUGAGUUGACGAGGCUGUGAGGCGUGGGUCUGAGACCGAGUCCUGGGCCAGCACUAUCUCUGGCUGGAUCAGAGUUAUCUGGGAAAUUCUUCUGGUGCCUGCUUUGAAGAUGAGACUACUAUUGGCUGCUUUGGGUUGUGGGACAGUAUGGUGUUGGAAGACCAGGAUCUGGUCCCGUAAGCUAAAGUCUCAAGAGUUGCCAUAGUAAUACUGCCCUAAAUAAGGGUUUGCUUCUUGCCUCUAACCACUACCUGAAUGUUAAUGCGCAGCCAGAAGGAAGAGUCUAUUUUUCAGACUCCUAUUUGCCUGGAAGAUUCUAUGUUGGUUUUUUUUUCAUUUCUUGGAUCUCCCUGUUUAUACUUAUACAUACUAUACAUA